AUGAACGGACACGUGAACGGGCAGGUGAACGGGCAGGUGAACGGGCAGGUGAACGGGCAGGUGCAGGAGGAGGAGGAGGAGGUGCAGGACGGGAGCGCCCCUGCCCCGACCCUGCAGACUCAGUACAAGAUGAUCCACCAGGUCUUCAGCGACAAGUGGAGACAGACGGACGACUCGAUGUGUCGACACAGUAUGAGCUUCCACCUGCACCACGCCCUCCAGAAGGACUUCUUCGCCAGCUACUUGUACCUGCUCGAGAAGACGCCCGUGGUGAAGUUGUUCCCCGUCACCUGCGAGUACAUUAAAGGAGAGAAACAGUUUUAUUACCGAGCGCAGAAGUUCUACGAGGACGUGGAGCCGUCGGAGGAGGGGAUGCUCGGGGACUUCGUGGAGAUCUCAGAGAUCGACCUGGAACAGUCCAGAAGGUUCCUCAGCAAGUUCAUCGGUCCGGGGAAGGCGGGCACGUCUCUGGCUCUGGACUGCGGUUCCGGGAUCGGUCGGGUUUCGAAGGGCGUCCUGUUCCCGGUGUUCGAGCGACUAGAACUCGCCGACAUGAUGGAGCACUUCCUGCUUCACGCUCACGAGGAAUAUCUGGGCGACGACGCCGACCGCGUGGACACGUACUACUGCUACAACCUGCAGGAGUUCACCCCCCCCAAGAACAAGUACGACGUCAUCUGGAUGCAGUGGGUCGCCUGUCACCUGACGGACCGGGACCUGGCGGACUUCCUGGCGCGGUGUAAGCGGGCGCUGCGUCCGAACGGCGUGUUGGUGCUGAAGGACAACAUGGCGCGUCGCGGCUGUAAACUGGACGCGGUGGACAGCAGCAUCAGCCGCCACCUGGACGUCAUGAGGAACAUCGUCCACCAGGCCGGACUCCAGAUCCUCGCCCUCGAACGCCAGGAGGGUUUCCCCGACGUCAUCAUGCCCGUGUGGAUGCUCGCCAUGCGCUAGACCCGACCCGGAACCC